UGUUCUCCCGGAGACCGUCGGGGUGGGCGGCCAGGACACUGCUGGUCGGGGAGGCAAGUCGACGCUCUGUACAUCCUAAAGUUUAUUGUGAAAAUGGCCAAGAAGACUUAUGACUUGUUAUUCAAGCUCCUCCUUAUAGGCGACUCGGGCGUUGGAAAGACAUGUAUACUCUUCAGAUUUUCAGAUGACGCCUUCAAUACCACGUUUAUAUCCACAAUAGGUAUUGACUUCAAAAUCAAAACCAUUGAGUUGAGAGGAAAGAAGAUAAAGUUGCAGAUAUGGGACACUGCAGGCCAAGAGAGGUUCCACACAAUUACCACUUCAUACUACAGAGGGGCCAUGGGUAUAAUGUUGGUUUACGACAUUACAAAUGCAAAGUCAUUUGAUAAUAUUGCAAAAUGGUUAAGAAAUAUAGAUGAGCAUGCAAAUGAAGAUGUAGAAAAGAUGAUUCUGGGAAACAAGUGUGACAUGGAGGACAAGCGUGUUAUCCCUAAAGAAAAAGGAGAAGCGAUUGCACGAGAACAUGGUAUUCGAUUCCUUGAAACGUCAGCAAAAGCAAACAUCAACAUUGAACAGGCCUUUUUGGAACUAGCUGAAGCCAUCCUCAACAAGACACCAGGACGGGACCCACAGGAAAAUCCAGACAGUGUUGUUCGCCCUGAGAGGAGGAAUGAUCGAGGUGCAGCUCGACAGUGCUGUGCGUAGGCUACUAGUGUUUCAAGCGGCAGUGACGGGGUCAAAUACACCCAACGGGACACCUCCACAGGACUCAAGAUAAGGCUCCUCUGUAGGUUUCCUCCUCUUCGGGUAUUUCUGAGACUCCUCUGGACUGGGCAUUGUUAGGCCCCACAGGAACUAACAUCAUUACAUAUACACCUACUGUGGACUCUGCUCUCAGGGGAGGUCAAGAAAUUGAAGCACAGACUUUUAUGCUUAAUCUGUACCAUCUUUUUACACUGCACUCAGGGGAUGGAUUCAAAAGAUAAGUUAGGAACUAAUAGUUGCAGGUUGUUGCUCAUAUUGCAGUCUGAGUGUUGUAGUCGGAUGUUGUUUUUGUCCUGGGAUGUGAAUGGUGUUAUGAGAAUUGAGUAAUGAUUUUUGAGCCUUGGACACGAUCUUAAUUUGGUUGCCUUUUUAGAGUCUAGAAAUGGCACUACAUUGAGAAGUGGUCGAAGGUUAUUAGUGCUUGUGUAAUUUGAGAGGUGGCACUUGCAAUGAGUGGCCUCUCCCUGGUAACUAUCAUGACUCUUGGUGCAAUGGAAUUUACUUCAGAACUAUUUUUGUGCACUCUGCCUUAUAAUUUUUAAUGUAAGGCUUAACGUAUAUUAAGUGAAAGAAAGCCUUUCGUUAGUGUUCAUCACGAAUGCAAGAGAAGGUGGCUUGGAAAUGAAAUAUUUAUAUGUAGAAGCAUAAUUUGAAUACUAGUGGUUUUGCUAUGAACUGUUCUAAUCAUAUACUGUAACUUGCCAUGUGAUAACCAAAAUCAGUUUAUAUUAAUAAUUUUAAUUAGUGAAUGGGAUGGAUAGAUUAAUGUUUUAAAAAUUAAUACAGUAUUUGCUUUUCAGUAGAUAAGCAAGGAAUAUUAUAACUUAUAUUUAUUGUACAGGUCAGAGUUUUCAGUGCUUUCAAGUUUCUUUUUCUCUUUGUUUUUUAUAAAAAGUAGUUCUCUUCCAUUUAGUAAUAGAUUGGUGGAGCAGUUUUAUAUAUAUAUAUAUAUAUAUAUAAAAAAGUAUAUACUUUUUUUUUUUUCUUGGUCAUGUUAAUCAUUUAUCAGGCACUCGUAGUGUUCAGUCCACAGUCUGCCACCUUGGCUUUGUUUGUUGGGUGAUGACGUCCCCAAAUUUGUUGAAUCUUGACCUCGUGUUUGUUGUAUGUAUGGACCAAAACAUUUUCAUUCGAAUAAUAAUGUAAUUUUAGAAUUUGGUGUGUAAAAGUUAAAUUGAACUUUGAUUAUAUAAGGAGUACUUUGCACAUACAGUAUAAUGUUCUCGGCUUUUUUAUUUUCUUCUCAGUUCUGCCAAGUGGUGGUGUUUACUUUGAAAUAUUUUUUCUGAUAUUAAACAUAAUAAAUACAUUUUUUAUUUUUUUUCCAAUUUGUUGUCGUUUCUAAGAACGUAAUGUGUAUUGUCCCAGUUUCAGAACAAAACCGUAAGUUAAAUUCCAAGCAGUUAAAGUUAAAUUUACAGGUGAACUGUGAAAUUACUUUACCGUGCAUUAUUUGAACUGGCCUUUGUAUUACAUUCUGCCAAACGCUGUGCUUUGGGAGCUUAACACAGGUGUCAUGGCACCAAGACAGUAUAUCAUACUCUAUAAACUAUCAAGUUAAUUUGAUCUGGCUCAGCAAUGCCAUAGUAACCAAACACAAGAAUGUUUAAUGAUAAAUUAAUUUUCAAUGCGUGAAUAGGGAUUUUCGUCUUCAAAAGAUUUUUGGAUGCAUUUGUUGUGUAUGCAAAUUUUUCUGCACAAAACUCUAGGAAGGUUUUCUUUCAUGGCUUGCUCUUGCACUUGAAAAACUAAGUGAUCCUUAUUCCUGUCUAAAGAAGGUAAGAGCAUUUAUCACUUGGUUGACCAGAGGAAGACAAUAUUUAAUAUUGCUGUCUUAGGUUAGCUUGUCGUCGUUCAUACAACUCUGGCACUUUUGAAUGAUUUAUUUUUAUUUUAGUGGCUUAAAUGUUUCCAGGUUACUGUAAUUGUAAAUGUGUUGUCUUGAAGGCAUCAGUUCAAAAUUUAUUCAGAUUUUUUUUAACAUAAUGAAAGUGUUUGGUUAAAUUUUGAUUGCAGAGCUUGUGUAAUGAUAAUUUUAUAAUGUGACUUGAUGGGUUAGGCAAAAUAUUCUUAUAAUUUCUGGGUUUCGACCAUUUAAAUCUUGGAGCAGUAAUUAUAGCAAGGCCAAGACAAAUGAGUAAACUGUUUAUGAAUUUGGAGAAAGUUGACCAGUUUGAUUGGUUGAAUUUUGUCCGUAUUUACCCUUUUUUCUCCCCUAUGUAAUAUUCACAACUGUGUGUCUUAUGACGUGAUAUGUAUAAAGAAUGUCUAAAGUUAUUAUUGACAGAUGGAGCAAGAUGGUGUCUUCCUUGUGUUCUGACAGCCCUGAGAAAUAUGCUUGUCAUUAGAUUUGCUAUUGGCCUUUGACCCCAAUUGUCCUCUUAAUUAAUGAAAUAUGCAAGUAAGCAAACGUUAUCCAAAUUAGUGGUCGUCGAAGCUCGAUAUUUUGCGUCAAGUCAAAAGUAAGGCACACCGAGUUGUUUGUUUACCAUUUUCUUGCUCAGUUUCCUUGCUGAGGUGUUUUGAUAAGUCACACAAGGUCGGCAGUUAGGGCUCCCAUGUCAUCGUUGAGUUAAUAGCAGUGCUGUGUUAGUGCACAUGACAGGUUAGAUGUUGGUAAUUAAUAGGUAUUCCAAGCUAUUCAACCUUUUGUUUGUCUUGUGUGCACAGUUACAUUAAUUUUGCGAGUCAUUGUAAAGAAAGUGUUCAUUUACUGUUGCAAAUAGUUUUGUACUAGGACAACUUACUUAGUGUUUUUAUGUUUUUAUACUUGUAAAUGAAACCAAUAGGAUUCCUCAAAUUUGUAGUAUGUGGCAUAUUUAGUUUUUAAAAUGUACAUUUAAAGGGAAAAUCUGAAAAUAGAGACAAUGGCACUGGACUAUUAUCAUUGGUCAUGUCCAUGGCCUACAAACAGUUCUGAGGUCAAGAUGUAUGUUAUAGGUACCUAAAACUAUGGUUGGAACUUGUAUACAGAAAUAUGAAAUGUUUUCAACCCAUUGACACGUUGAGGGAACUCAUUGCAUUUAAUAAAUUAAAAACUCCAUCAAGUAAGCCAAUGCUUAUUCACGUGUUCUUCGAGAAUGUGACGGCACACACAGGUGAACGGGGUUGAUAUUUGCAUGUAUAUACAUAUUUAUUAUUAGACAGUGAACCACUUGCAUUGUAAUGAAAAGUUCACCUGCUGAAUUAUUAGGGACGUGUUUGUCCUAUUGAACCCUCUCUUUGGGGUUACAGUUUGCCAGUCUCCAUUUAUUCGUGCACUCUAGGUGUCCGUACCUGAGAAUUUAUUGCAUCAAAUAGCCAGAAUUUAUUAAUUGGAUCCAUAGCAUUUGCAAGGACUUGGUGCAACACUUCUCAGCCCAACCUCCCCUGCACAGAACUUGAUGAAGGAUACUCAAGUGUGGAGUGUAAUAAUCAUUAGCCAAAUGCAGGUAGUCCAAAUAUGCUGUGCCAGGUAACUGUAUUAUUGAGGCUUGUGCUCCUUUGUUUACCAAGAUAAAGCCUUUCCAAUAUGUUAUCAAUGGCUGGGAUGGAUUGGGCAUGUUGCAUUGAUAUUUAAAAGAUAUUUAAUUAACCAAAGAGGUAUAACAGUGGACCUGGAAAAAGCACUAUAUGCUGUAUGUAAUUUAUUAUUUAAAAGCAAACAUUUUAUGUAAGGUAAAAUUGGCCUGCAAUGACAUGGCCAAGAUAAUUUGAUAGCUCCAUGGUUUUCCUCCACGUUUAACGUACAAUGUAGAGUAACGGAAGAAAUCCUGAAACACGGAACAUUUGUAAAUAGAAAGUCCACUGAUAAGAGGUGAAAUGGUAUAUUGUGUCAUGAACAGUUUAUUGGUUCUUUAUGGAUAGGAUGGGCUUGCUUUUGUCCAAUGACUUGCUUGAACAUCAUUAAUAAAGUGUUAUUUGUGACGGUA